GGGUAGAAGAAUCCAAUUCUCUCGACUUCUCUCACUGUGCACGAUAUCAAUAUUUAGAGGUGUGACAUCUAAUAUCGACGAUGGAGUCUUCGACGAAACAAAUUUCAACAGAUUCGAUGGACUUUACCGACUUUCUCAUCAUUCUUAAGUGUGGGGUCAAUACGCCUAGAAAUGCUGUAAUUGAAUAAUAUACAUUACAUAAGUGUAAGAAAAAAAAAAUGAGUGACAAAGUGACAAAGUCCCGUGAACGUGUUAAUAUGAAUCGUGAGGAUAUAAGAUCUGUACUCGAAAGUAUGAGAGCUGAAGAAGAAGUAAUUCAAACUUUUAUAAAGGAAGAUAUAACUGUUGAAGAUUUGAAAACGUUGACAAAACGUGACCUUGACGAAUUAAUUAAGAAAUACGGUCCAAAAAGAAGGUUUGGUAAAGUUUUAAUAGAAUGGAUGUCGUCACGUGGUCUUCCUAUAGAUCUUCAACUUCUAACAGCAUAUGGUAAUGUGCAGUCUGCGCAAAUUUACAAAAACGACAAACAGCAACCUUUUCUACUUACUAGUUCUUCCAAUUCAUCGCCAUCUACAUUUUCUUAUAUUAGCAUUAAUAAUGAUAGACAUGAUCUUUUAAGUACAACAGACAUCUCAUUUUCAUCAACAUUAUCGAUAGAUUCACCAAUUACGAUAAAUAGUGAGGAAAGCAUCGUAAAAAGUGAAGAAUUUGAAGUUCCUUCAGAACUGAACGUUAAAGAUUUUAUUGCUGAUCGCGCCGCACACUUCGAACAUGAAGUUGACAGAGAAGUCCCAGAGUUUCAAAAUGAAAUCAAAGACUUCACUGAAGCAAUUCAAACUACCUCACUUGAAGCAAUAGAAAAUAAUACUCAGCAGAGACUAUCCGUUUCCUCUAUUAUUAAUAUUGAAGAUCCUGAGACAAGAAAUCCCUUAAUGAUUCUGCUACGAAAAAAUGGACAUUGCCAAAAACUUGUCGAUAAUCCUUGUCGCAACGACAUGGUACCGGAAGGAAAGGAUAUAAACCUGAUUGCCAGAAUUACUGUUAAACAUCUGAUUAAUUUGGCUACUCCUCCAAAACGAAAAAUACCGACGUCAAUUCUUACAAAAUGGGCCGAGUAUUUCAAGCGUCUUUUUCCGAAAACGCCGGUGUCCUCUUUCUAUGCUUUUAAGUACGAGUCAUCUAGAACAAAAAAUGGCACUAUAGUUCAAAAGAAAAGAGCAGAAGGAGCACUACAAGUUCAACUUUUUCAAGAACGAAGAAAAUUAAUCAAAGAAGAUCGAACUGUUCUUCUCAGAUGCCCAAGCGCAAAUUAUAUCACCGAUAAUAAAAAUCUUGAUCCUUCAAGCAACACAUCUAUUAACAGAAAUACCUGGAAACUUAUGAGUCAGCAAAAAGGAGAAGAAGUGCGUUCUUGUAACAAAGUCUCAAUAGAAAUUGAUUCAAAGUUACAAUGGCACUUAAACUAUUUAUGCAAUCAAUUGCACGAUAAACUUACCUUACAAUUAAUAACCUCUUGGGAAGCUACUUUUAAAUACAGAUUUGAAAGACUUGAGAAUCAGCUAGGAACUGUGUGGGAUUAUUUAAAUAAGUUUCCAUUGUUAAAAAUCGAAGAUAUUGGAAAAGCCUUGAUUUGUAAGGAUUUCGAACAACUCUAUCCCAAUAUAGAUCCCAUGAUAAAAGAUUCAGGAAAGCUGGUUGAAAAGUUAGAUGACCAUAGACUCGCAAUCAUCAAAGCAGCCAAAAUAGUUUUUAAAAGAAUAACCCAACAAGAACAUAAAAAUAUAGCCACUUUGUUCCUUGAUUUGGCUGAACGAGAUUCGGAUAUCAAACUUAGAGUUACUGGGGCAUUGCUUCUCCUCCCUUUCAUAUUUACUCACGCCUUCGUAGAAAAGACGUGGAAACCAACAAGGAUAGACAUAAUGGACUCUUUCGUCACCAGAGUUUGCAAUGAAACAGAGAUUCAAGAACAUAUUGAAUUACGUCGACGUAAAUCACUAUCUAUGAAUAAAAGUAAAUCGAAUAAGAUCUCAAGUUCUAUACAACCUUAUGUCUUGGCAGUAGGCCCAAGUUGGGAAAAUAUAGUUCAUGCCCAUAUAAUAGUAGACAGAGUUUUAUAUACGUGCGAAACCAUAGUUGAAGCAACAGAACUUUGUUUCAAAUUAUUUCAUGCUUAUCACUCCGAUUAUCCUCCUGAAAGCAAACAUGUGUGGCAAUUAAUACAACAAGGUUUUUAUAAAUUGUUUGUCAAGAAUCGUGAUUUGAAUAGACGAACCAUUAGCAAGGCUUUGGCUGAUAUUGGCAUUGAACUUAAUGAAGAAUUCAUCGCGAAGUCUUAAAAUGCAUUUGAAAAGAAUUCAUGAUGCUAUAAAUAAAAUAAUUUUAACUCUUUAGAUUGGCGUGCCUGUUUGGGCACUUCUUUUAUUUUUAUAAAUUACUAUAUAAGAUAAUUUUGAGUUUAUUAAUGCAUAAAGUAAAAUAAAAAUUUUCAUUAGCAGAUAAGUAGGUAAAACGUAAAGAUUUUUAUAUUAUUAUAGUGCAUAAUUAUAUUAAUUACACUACUAAUAUACUAUACAUUGAUGUAAACAAAAAGUUGAAAAGUAUAGAUUAAAGUAAGAUAUGUCAUUUUUAAA